AUGGAUCCAACGGAACUCCCGUUCACUCAGCCAAAGUUCCCGCCCAUGAACGAGUCCGGUACAGACUUCCCCGAAUCCCAAUCCCCGGUCCCAUGCCCGAACCCCGCAGACCUCGACGAGCUCUUCUCCGAAGAACACGGUCAACUCCUAAGCCUAAGCGGCCUGCGUACGUCCGAAUCCCUCCUUCUGCAGGAACUCGACGCCUACGCGCCGAAGAACGCAGACGGAACAACCCAGAUCCCCUGGUCCCAGCGCGACUUCGUCGACAUUGACGAAAGUAUAUGGUUCAAAGUCUUUCGGCGGGAAAAAUGGACCAACUACGACCUUGCGAUCCCUGGGUUUUCGGAGAAUAAGUUUGACGUUGACGACGAGUUCUUCUGGGGGCGACUGAGGCGGAGUAUCGAACUCGCGAACCGUAUGCUCGGUGAAGCGCUGCGUCAUACCUGGCUCGCGUCCUUCUUGACCAAGUCGUCUAGAGAAGCUCGUGAAUCAGUCUCGACCACCACCGACGGGAAACGGCAUCCUAAUUCGACUAUAUACCGCGUCGUUCCGGUGCCGCCUGAUGCGCGGCAGUCGGUGGAGGCGGCGACGGCGGUGCUGGACGAGAUUUCGGAGCAUGUGUUCUGGGGGUUCCAUCACCGUAAUGAGUAUCCUGAUGUCCUCGGAAAGACUUUGGCCGUCCCGUGGGAGGGAGGCAAGACGUUGUACUGGUGUACGCUUGACGUCGUGAUGCUGAGGGGGUUGAUUGCGGGGGAUACGCCGUGGGAUGGGGAGGGACGGCAGGCGGCGUUUAACGUUGCUGUUAUUAUGUUGCAUGAACUCAUGCACGCGAUAUCAAAACACCUACUCUUGGAAAUCACAAACAAGCAGGCAGAUAGAUGCCGGUGCUGGGAACUGUUCUUCGACGAAGAGAGAUGGGCCGAAGCAGGCAUCUCGUUCGAAAUGUCCUUCUUCGGGACCUGUCUCCGCAACGCCUGGCCGCUUAGUCGCAGCCCAAGGCACGCCUUCCAGGCCUUGCGCGGUCCGCACCCGUGGAUGAACGGGCAAUUUCAGUAUUACGGCGGCUGGAGCUUCGACGACCCGUUCGUAGAGGACAAGUUCGGGUUACCCGGUUCAAUACCCGUCGCCAUGUCCACAAAGGACUUUUGGGAGUGCCAGGUCCGAAAGUUCGGCGCCGAGAGUCUAAGAUUGGAUCGCGGGGCAGUGACUGUAGCGGGGUUCGAGUUUGGGAAGAUGAGGGGGGUGAGGACUGGACGUGCAAAGUUGCUGGAGGGAGGCGGCAUGGAGGAGACUGAGAUGAUAGCAGAGCGGAUCCGGCUUCGGAGGCUGAAACUGCGCGAGUUGAGGCCGUGGUAUGCGACCGAAUACGCAAAGUGGUGCGAGACGCCGUUCGCAGAGAGGCAGUUGAGGACUCUGUUGGCGAGUUUGCAGCGUCUCUGCGUCGGCAGGUCGGUGAAGCAUGAGAGUGGUAUUUUGGCGAUUAUCCCGAAGCUUAUUUUUCCGUUCGUGACUACAUCUGAUCUCCGCACUGCGACUACGAACGACGAGAGGAUAUCGAGGUGGUUUUUCCGGGCCGUGGGGUAUCUUGUCCUCGCAACUCUUCCUGUUCGGAAGGUUGUCGAGACGUGGAUUGAGCAGACGGUGCCUGAGUACCCAGACCGAUUACGACCGAGCAGGGACUUUGCGGGCCCGCCUGGUUUUCUCGAGGCGGUUACGGAAAAGGGGCGCAAGAAAAAGGAUAAACAGAGGACGAAAACGAUAGGCGUUCAUGGGCGGGCUGUCCAUGACAGGGAGCUGUGCCUUGCCAACGCCCGGUUUGCGUUUCUGAAGUGGAGGAUGUGUGGGGUGGUGUGCGCUGAGCUUGCAAAGGAGUUUGAAUCUGAGCUGAGAGCCAUGAGAGUGAGGUUGGAUAUGCGGCCUUUGGAUAAUGUUUGGAUGGAAUUUGAUUUUAGAAUGCCCGAGUACGAAGGGACGGUAUACUAUCCGCCGGGGCUUGAGAGUAAGGAGAAGACACAUCACGAUGAGCAGGAUGCGGAUAUGCCCAGCUGGGCUAUUGCUUCAACCGGCAUUGCAAUUCGGGUGCGACAAGACGACGUGAUGAGGUAUUUUACGCCGGCGGAGAUCGGUGAUCACCAGGGCCUCCAGAGCAAAGUCAAGUGGGUGCUACAUCCAUCUCCUGACGGCCUGGAGGUCGAUGUCUAUGAUGCGGGUGACUUUCUACCUAAUAAUACUUGGGACGCGGCCUCGCGAGCCCGGAUCGUUGUACCCGGCCCCGAAGGCCAGCCUGCUGGGCGGGUGCUUCGUCCAGGUGUCCUCGGACAAGGUCAAAUCAAAGAACUAAUCAGCAAGCCACCACUGGGAAGGGCGAUGUUGUGGAGGCGAGAGGAGGAUGUGAGGAUUAACGAUGGAAGGGAAGGGAGACCCAAGUGGAUUUCUGUUGGAGCAGAUGUAUUCGAUGUGACGAACCUUCAACUGCCUCCUUACAUGCACGAAUUGGGGCAAAUGCUCUCGUGCGCCAGCGGCGGAAACCCAGUCGCGCAAGCUAUCGACCGCGGAUAUCAUCCGGAUUUGAUUCUAGAGCACCUUCGUCAAUAUCAGAUAGGUUGGGUGAGGGAUGAAGUGUCUGGGCCUCGUCGAAAGGAUCGCAUAUUUACUGCGGAUGAAGUCAGAUGGCAUGCUUUCCCCGAGGUGGGGAUGUAUCUCAUCAUUCAUGACAGGGUAUACGACUUUACAGAGUAUUGUGGUAUGCACCCUGGUGGAAAAGCAAUCCUCGAGGAGUUUGCUGGUAGAGAUGCCACAGCAGCAUGGAACCAAGCCCACGCGCACAACCAGUCCGACUUUGGCAUUGACAUCCACGCCGGUCUCGAUAUGCUGUGCAUUGGAAGGGUUGUUCCAGGCCAGUCAGAUAAACAAGAACUUUCGGCGUCGCAGAUUCGGAUUCGAGAUCUCAUUUUUAGCCGCGACAGCAAGUACCUGCUUGGGAUAACUGCCCUAAAUCCAACGAUCACUAACGAAACUGUCCAGAACUCACUCUUGAACAAGCUGUUCUUUUGGACCCUCUGGCAAACCACUGGGGAAGCGAUUGCACAUCAUCUCUCGAAAAGCAAGAACUACACUCUUCCCUUGUAA